AUGUCGUAUCGCGUCAUUUCGUUUAUAAUAAACAUCGUACCAUUAUUUAAUUGGGCGGAGAUCCAAACCCCGUUUAAAAGGCCGACGCUUUCCUCGGAAAUAUCCAGCACAACUUACAUCGUUACCGCUACAAUCAUCGCAAUGCCUUCCGACUACGCCCAGAACCAGCCCCUCACCACUGUCAAGGAGGAAGAGGUGGAUAUGUCCCCCUCCCCCCAACCAGCGGCGGCGCAGCCCGUGAUGCCCACCCAGUUCGCCCCCCACAUUCACGCCUACAAGGGCCCCCACUACUCCGACCUCAAGCUGGAUGAGGUCACCUCCGUCCACGACCUCGCCCCUGAGCCUGAGGAUGGCUCCGUCACGUUCCAGGCGAUUCGUCGCGUUGAGCGACUUGAGCGCCAGGCGGCCUUCUCCCCCCUUGAGAGGUCGGCAGUGCCCUUGGAAACGCUUCUCGCAAGAGGCGGCGUACGCGAGUCCCCACAUCCUGUCCAGGACCGCGUUGUGCGGGCUCUGCAGUCCCGGGAGCUCACCCGCGGGGCUGCGGUCAUCAACGCCAAGUAUCAGUUGGAGAUACAUCGUCAGAGGGCUCAGGACCUGACGAUUCAGAAGAGGAGUCUGCAGACUCGCCUGCGUACCGCACGGCAGGAAGCGGUGGAUCUGAAGGUGGAGUUGGAUCUGGCAACCGGUCUGUUGUUGGGUCGUCCUCUUCCGGAUCCUCCCCUCCCAGGGGAGGAGAUGAUCGAAGAGGAUCCCGCAGAGAUGCAGGGAGUCCCGUUCAUUCCGCCCAUUCCUCCGACGCUCGCUGGGAGCACCAUCGCCCCCCCACCCCGGCUCCUUGGGCCAGAGGGACGCCUAUCACCUUCGACCCCGUCAGACUCUCCCCCCUACCACCCGCCCUCACGCCGCCGCCGGCGCGCACCACGUCAGCCCAUAUCGGCGGCGGGUAGGAAAAGCCUCCGUGAGGCCAUUAGACGCAUCAUCUUCAUGUCGAUGCCGCAAAUGACCCCCCGGAACGUGGACCCCCUCAUGAAUAGCUACAGUAGUGUAGACGGACUUAGGACCGACUACAUAGGCCACUUGGUAGCUAAGUACUACUAUGAGGAGCUGCAGGCAGCUUUUUUUAGGGUUAGUGCUUACAUGGCGGAGGACAUCUCCUACGCUGCUCCCACCAGGGGUGGAUUUGCGGCCCUCAUUGAGGAGCGCCGGGGGUUCUAG